AUGACUCAACAUAGUGAGUACCUCGAGGCUCUCAAGCCAUACUUAUUCAAAUGGUAUACAAUCGUUUUUGCAACCACUCUUUUGUAUGUGAUUCAUCGUCAAAUCAGAAUUUAUCGCUUCUGCAAGGCUUUUAACUGUAAGAGUCCCACGAAAAUUGAUACAGGCUUCAUGGGUGUUCCAGCUACAAUUGAAGCUGUGAAGUCUAUGUGGACAGGAAGAUUAUUGGAGUUUUUUGGUGACCGAGUCUCUAGUACUGAAAAUCAGACAGUUUCAUUAAAGAUUGCUGGAAAGCCCAUCAUCUUCACCUACGACCCAGAGAAUAUCAAGGCUAUCUUGGCAUCUCAGUUUAAUGAUUUUGUCUUGGGCUCGAGACACGCACACUUUUUACCUUUGCUUGGUGACGGUAUCUUCACCUUGGACUCUCAUGGCUGGAAGAAUUCUCGUGCAAUGUUGAGACCACAGUUCUCCAGAGAGCAGAUUGCCCAUGUGAAGAGUUUGGAACCUCACAUGCUAACCUUGGCUAGUCACAUCAAGAAGGCUAAUGGUGACGUGUUUGAUAUCCAAGAUUUGUUCUUCAAAUUUACCGUGGACACCGCUACUGAUGUUCUUUUUGGAGAGUCUGUCUAUUGCUUGAGAGAUGGUACUGUGCCUGAACUUCCACCACAUGAUGAAUUUGAAGGUAGAGCUAAGUUUGGUGAAGCCUUCAACAUUGCACAGAAAUACUUGGCCACGAGAGCGUACACUCAGAGCUUUUACUUCCUCAUCAACACUCCAGAGUUCCGCAGAUCGUGCAAAGCUGUCCAUGCCUUUGCUAAAUACUACGUCGACAAAGCUCUUGAGUUAGACGACGAGACUCUCGAGAAGAAAUCGCAGUCUGGCUACACAUUUUUAUACGAGUUGGCCAAGCAGACCAAGGAUGCUAAGGUGUUGCAGGACCAGUUGUUGAACAUCAUGGUUGCUGGAAGAGAUACCACCGCAGGAUUGUUGUCGUUCGUAUUCUUUGAGUUGGCUAGACACCCUGAGAUAUAUGACAGACUAAAGCAGGAAGUGUUGACACAGUUUGGCGAAGGCUCGCCUCUGGACAUUGAGAAUAUCUCGUUCGAGUCGUUGAAAAAGUGUGACUACUUGAAGUGGGUUCUCAAUGAGACCUUAAGACUCUACCCAUCUGUCCCAGUGAAUUUCAGAGAUUCCACCAAGGACACCACCUUGCCUAGAGGCGGUGGCCAUGAUGGAACCUCGCCCGUUUUUGUUAGCAAGGGUACCACUGUUGCAUACGCUGUCUACUUCACUCACAGAUUAAAAGAAUACUACGGUGAGGACGCCGAAGAAUUCAGACCAGAGAGAUGGGCCGAGAGCCAGAAACUUGGGUGGGCAUAUUUGCCAUUUAAUGGAGGCCCAAGAAUCUGUUUGGGUCAACAGUUUGCACUCACAGAGGCUUCGUACGUGAUUGUCAGAUUGAUCCAAAUGUUCCCUAACCUUACCUCUGCCUACGAUGGCCAAUCUGCACCUAAGAAGAUGUUACAUUUGACAUUGUCCAUGUUUGAUGGUGUUCAAGUCAAAAUGACGUAG